GUCUAGGUCACGCCUCACUAUCCAAGUAGAAGGUCAUGGCUGGGAAACGUGCUCGUGGUCGUAGACGGACUAUUUCAAAGUUCGAGAGGAAGAGGAACAAGGCGAUGAUUGAACGAAGUGUAAUUUUACUCAACAGUCAUGCUUCAGUAUUCCGAAAUGAGGUGCACAUACGCGCUCAGUCAAGUACCGAAAAUAUCAAGGAAACUGACGAAUUUGCUGAACACUUAUCCGAUGAAAAAGCAGAAAUUGUUCCAUGUCCAGAAAAUACAGUUGAAGAAGCUAUUUUUGAAUUUUCACUAAUGAAGUGUCCAUAAUUAUGACAAUUUAGGUAGUGGUACUACCAGAACAAUGUAAUUUGUUUACUGUGAUUUCAUGUUUUACUUAUGGUGUGCUUUCAUUAUUUUCUGUAUUACUGACAUAAUUGUACUCAUCAAAGCGUCAAAUUUUAGGUUAAUCUUCGUAUGCGAUUAUUCUUUGAGUAGAAUGAUAAGUGUAUAUAAAUAUAUCAAUGUAUA